AUGGCAUCGGCAUCAAAACAGCUAGAACAAGCUACCUUCCCGAAACGCCUGGAACUAGGGUCCCGCGGUAGCGUUGUCACUCUGGUUCAAUCAUGGCUUCUGCGACUCGGUGCAGCGGCAAUUCCCGCUUCAGAAAUAGCAGAGCGUCGAUUUGGUGUGGGAACCUUCAAGGCCGUUCGAAACUUUGCAGGAACUGGAGUUGUCGAUGAUGCCACGGCUGUUGCCAUGGCAGAGAAGGUUGAUGGCCUCGAUCCAGAGUCCACCACAACCCAAACGCUCACUGGAAAGGUCGUAUAUCUCGAUGGAUCCCCAGGAAAGGGUCUUUCCAUACGGCUUUCACAGGUCAACAUUCACCAAGACGUCCCUGGGGCGCUUAGUAGCGCUGUCGCGGAUGAUGAAGGGUUCUAUCUGCUCAAAUACCGUCUAAAAAAGGGUCAUUUGGCGUUCUUCGCUCUACAAGUCGAUGACAAGGGCAAUGUCCUGUUCUCUACUCCCCCAGAGGGAGCUAUCUCACCGUCCGACAUUCCUGUACUGGUCCAGGACAUCAAACUCGGAGUCAAACAAAAAUCCACAGACCUAUUCACAAGGCUACAGACCGCCAUUUCAGCUAUUCGGCGCGGAGGUGGAUUGGCAAAUAGCAAAGCGCCCCCGUUCUCCCACCUUGAUCCGCUCAAUAAGCGCAGAGAGUUGGCUAUCGUUUCGCAACUAGCGGCAUCUGACUUCUCGGCGGAUGAAGUAUCCUCCUAUAUGGUUGCCAACAGCCUAUCGGAAGUGGCAGAACAAGAUGGGAUGCCAAUUCCACCGGCCUUCUUCUACGCCUUGAUCCAUGGCGAGACAUACGAGAAAGCUGUCGAGGCUAAGCCCCGCAAUGCUGCUGGAGCUAUCCGACCUACCACCAUUGCCAUCAGUCCGAGAUCGAUUCUCCAGAAGCUUCGCAUGGCUGACGGUGAGACUCUUGAGCUCUGUGUCAAGCUUGCCAUUGAUUCCAAUUUCAUCCUGGCCUCCAUCACCCAGCUACUGGCCGACAUUAUCGAAAGCUUUACUUUGCAAAGGCCAGGACUUGAGAUGAUUGAAGAAGAUGUUGAGGGCUUCUGGGGUGUCAUGAGAGAACUUUUCAAAGUCCCCAAUGGCGAAGAUAAAACACGGGCCGAAUCACUAUUGGACAUCUUGCAGGAGGAGAACCUCGUUGGUCAAAUGUUCUCACCCAAAGGAUGGACCCAACGAAUCAUCACGCAAGUCCUGGGCGUACAAGGCCAAGGUGAUAACAGCCAGAGGAAUGAGCCAACACCCUCCACACCGAUGCCAAAGAUACUGUCUCCGAGUGCAUCAUUUCAGAAGGCCCUGCGAGAAGAUCUCGAUAGGUCAGAGAACGACUCAAAGCGACGUAUCUCCGCUUUUGGUCGGCCAGCAGACAAGAUUCUGAAUGUCAGUGAGACAGAGAAGACAGGUUGGGCUCAACGGGCAGUGAAAACUCUGCUGUCUAAACCUCACUCGACAGAUCAUGGCAUUACGGAGAUCGAAGCCCGGAAGCUGCUUGAUUUCCUCUCGAGUAAUAGCAAAUUCGAUCUCGCGCAUAGCAAGGUCGAGCACUUCCUCGCACAAGAGCCAGGUGGGCCACAGGCAACGCGUACCGGUUCCACCAUCAACGACACGGAAACAGAGCAAGUUCUCAGAAAGAUGCAGCGCGUAUUCAGGCUGGCGCCUUCGUAUGAACAGUCAAUGGGCCUUGUCAACAUCGGAGUCCGGUCUGCUGUUGAUGCAAACUCAAUGGGAAAGGCUCGUCUCAGAAAGCUUCUCUCAUCAGACCCUGUCUUCACGUCGGCAGAUGUGGAACAGAUCGCCAACAGAGCCGCCGAUGUUGUCCUGGCUGUCAGUUUGCUCAUGGCUGAGAUGAGAACACUGUCAAGCGCGUUGUCUAUCCCAGGACUAUCGACUCGCGUUCCAGAAGGCGUCCUAAGAGAAGCCGCCACCCACAUGCCUAACCUGAAGUCGCUUUUUGAACUCGGCGACACAUGCUCCUGCUCGGACUGUAUGACCGUAUAUAGCCCAGCUGCAUACAUCGUUGAAGUUUUCGAGUUUCUCCGCCAUCGACGCGUUCUUGUCGGCAAGGAAGAGGUAGACUUCACAGAUUCCAUCAUCCAGUCUAGGAGGGAUCUAGCGUUCCUGGAUCUGAACUGCGACAACACCAAUACUACUAUGCCCCAGAUUGACAUCGUAUGCGAGCUACUGGAGGAUUUACUUGACUUCCAGGCCCUCUCUAGUCAUGCCGUCUUCUCCAUCCCGCUCGAUGUGUUCGAGGAAAAGCCAAUGUUAGCCGCACUCUCUUCUCACCUAGGGUUGGAUUUCACCGAGAGCACGACUUCGAUUAACUUCACUUCAACGUCGUCACCAGACACGGCCGUCGUCAGACAUCAGCAUCAUGUGUUUCUCGUAUUCCGGACGGAAUUCUCCGUUGGUCUUGUCGUGAGAACCAAACAGACAUUUGGAACCUCUGCUGAGCGAGCUGCAUUUCCGUUGCACGUCAAUCACCAAGCAUACGAGCGUCUUGCUGAGAGCCCACUCCUUUUAGGUCUUCCAUUCCACAUCGAUAAUGCAGAAGGUCGUUUAUACCUCAAUAAGCUGGAUGUCUCGAGGGCACGCUUGAUCCGUCUCCUCACGCCCGUUUCAGAGAGCUUCAGCCACAGCUCAUCUUAUCUCGUCGAAGCAUUUGAUAUGUCCGAACUUGAUUUGCAGCUGAUCACGACUCCGUCUGCGAAUCCCAUUCCCCACUGGCGAACGGCUACACUUCACGACCCCAUCAACGACUUACGGAAUGUGCAGAGCUUUCUUGACAGAACGCAGCUAACGUACAAUCACCUGAUCAUCAUGUUGCGAGCAAGGGACUGGCUGAAUCCUGAACUCAACGGCAUUCUGAUCCAUCACCAGGAUGAAAGCUGCUCGCUUGACAAGAAGGACCUCGUGAACUUGGACAAUCAAAGCCUCGAUCGUGUACACCGCUUCCUCCGUCUUUGGAAGGCUCUUGGCAUGAAUGAGAAGCAAGGAUGGACAAUUUCGGUUAUCGAUCGCGCGAUAGCCAUGCCUUCGAUCGGCAAUGGCUCCCUUGAUAUCACCUUGCUGGCCCACCUGGCAACCACAAACAGACUUCUGAGCUGGCUACCCAAAGACGGCCACGUCAGUUCUGUUCAAGAUUGCCUGGAUUGGUUCGGACCGUUGGUGACGCAUGCUAAUGACCCGUCUAUAAGGUCAUACGAGUCGUUGUUCUUGUCUCAGCUGCCAAAUCUUUCACCACCGCCAGGCUUUCCCAGGCGUCCCCAAGAGCAGUCAGAUUUGAAGCUGGUUGAUUUUGCCGAUCACCUCUCCGGCUCUCUUUCCAUAUCCUAUGAUGACAUGGCAACGAUCGUCGGAUUUGUGCACAAACCUGAGGAUCUUCAACCUGCUACGUACGAGGCCAUUUCACAUGCGUAUUCCGUCUACAGCAUCUGCCAAACCCUUCCCAUUUCUCCGUCAGAAUUUGUUUCUCUCAGCAUGCUCCUUGGAAUAGAUCCCACUUCUUCUCCUGAGGGUGCUCUCGUGUUUGCGAAGUCGCUCGCGGCGAUUCGCACCUCUCUCUUCUCCAUUGACGACAUCACCCAUCUUUUGGUGGCUGAAGCUCCACACCAACAUAUAACUGACUCACAGCUGGUCGAUUACUUCGCGCUGCUCAAGUCAACUUACCAAAGCCUGAUCUCGAACACGCCAAUUUUCGACGAUUCCACGGGUCUAGUGGAGAAACAGGAGGCAACAUUGGCGGCCCUAUUGGCCAACAUGGAGUUCUUCCAACCCGAGAUUGACUCUCUGACCCGCCUCAUUGCUGGAGAAUUACUAGAGGAGACUCGCGCGAUUCUUGGAGAUGACAAGGUUGAGGUCAUCAUUGGGAAACCUCGCCAGGCACUCAUUCUCGCGGCUCUGGAUGAACGACUGGCAUUCUCUGGAGAUCAAUCGGAUGAGGAAUCUCUGGACCACUUUAUCUCCAGUUGGUUUGAUGUCAUCUCAGACUUCGCCUUGGAGAACUCCAAGGAGACGGCGCUUCUGAGCUUGAUUAAAACCUGGUUCGGGCUCCAGGGUGAACAGACACUGGCUGUUCUUAAGCACGUGAAACGUGUCCAACCUCUCUCCGGAGAUUUGAACUCUGAAUCAGAUGGAACGUGCGCACUGCGCCUCCUACACAAGAUUUCUGUUGUUGUGUCCAGCCUCGACAUCACACCGUCUAAUCUGGAGUGGCUGCUGCAAUUUGGGCCAGCACUUGGAUGGGGAGACCUUGCAGCUUUCCCAGUCGCCGCAGGGGACAUGACUAUGGCGUUCGAGAAAUGGGAUACUUUCCGGAGAGGCUACAGUACUCUCGUGUCAAGCAGCAUGGCGCCGGUUGUCGACGCUCAGAACCCAGGGACAACUCUUAGCGUCCAGACGUUCUUUGAAAGCGUUCUGCAGGAUAAGGAACUGUCGAACGGAAUUGGGUCCAGUCUCGAUUACCUGUCUAAACUGACAAAAUGGGGCUCUCUGACUGACCUUGAAGGUGUCGCCAAUCAGAUGCAGCUCGACGUUGGGAACUUGACGUCGCCCCUCGUCUUAACUCGGUUGGAGGAGACAUUCCAACUCCUUCGACCAUUGCCGUCCGUUUCUUUGGGCAUACGUCUUGUCAAGAGAGGGAAUCUCAGCUGUAGCGAUGUACUCAGCUUGCAGCGCGCCCUCAAACAGAAAUAUGCUAGUGGUGACUGGCUUCAGGUGCUCCGCAGUAUCCAGGACCCCCUGAGAAUAAGGAAACGCGACGCUCUGGUGGAAUUUUCGCUCAGAACGGGGGUAUUCCACCAUUCUUUUACCCACGCUCGCCAAAUAUCAGCCAUCCUCGGCAUCGAUAUCGAGGUGGGAACCGAGAUUCAGGUGUCAAGGAUCAUUGAGGCUCAUCUCGCCCUUCAGACCUUUGUCCAACGCCUUCAGAUGGGACAAUUCCUGGCUUUUGCUCCAAACGGGGAUCCAGCAAUGCACAGUCUGCUAGAGGUUCGGCUGAUCCAGGACGAUGCAUGGGAACAGUGGAACUGGAUGUCGCAGUAUCGCUUAUGGGAGGCGAAUCGAAAGGUCUUCCUUUACCCCGAGAACUGGAUCGAGCCGGAGCUUCGCGACGACAAGUCAAAUCAGUUCAAAAGGUUCGAAGAGAAGCUGAGUUCGGGCGACGUAAGCGAUGAGCUGGCGACCGAAGCUGGCGAGCAGCUUGUCAGCGACAUUGCCAACAUUUCCAAGCCCGACAUUGUGUCCGUAUUCUAUGAAGCCGAGUCAAAGUCGACACAUGUCUUUGCUCGACUUGGGGCCGGGGCUGGAUCUAUUUUCCACCGGCGGCUUUUUGAGGAGAGAUACUGGACGCCGUGGGAGCUCGUUGAUGUUCCCAGCAUCAGCAGUGGGUCUUUCCUGGCAUUUGUCCGCAACUCCCGCUUGACGGUAGCAUUCACACAGACGGAUAUUGAGAUGGAUCCACUGCAAGCUGGGGUGAGCGGUGAUGGGGAAACGGGUAAGUUGAGAAAGAGGUUCGCAAUUAACCUUGGCAUCAGCGAGAAGGAUCCCAGGACGGGGAAAUGGUCGGCCGAACGCAUGUCCAAGCGUUCCGUCUACUGCCCCCCCGGAGGAGCCUUUGUAACGUUUGAGCGAUUGGACAUCGACGACCUUCUCGUCCUCAACUACUGGAAUGUCGGAUCCAACUUCGGAGAGUGCAUCUCAGUCAGGAUGCCCAUAUUCGACAGCACAACCAGCAUGCCGCAUACUGGCAAGUUUUAUCUGAGCGAGUUUGCUCUGGCGGGUUCUGAGAGUCUGCCGGAGAGGCAAGCCCACGAAUACUACACGACAGCUAAAGAUUUUCUACCUCGUCCGGAUGUCAAAAGGGCGGAAUACCUCGACCAGAUAUUCACCCUGUCGGAGACUCAGGCCACAAACGAGACGGAACCUCUCACCAUCGACUCGUUUGGCACAUCUGGGCCACAUGAGGUUGGAGCUUCCACCACGGCCUUCAACAAGACACACGGGAGCUUUUCUGUCAUAAUGUCGCCGCAAAUUUCCAAGCUUGACUUGCUGGUAUGGAGUAACCAGUUUCGCCACCGGCAGACUGGGUUCGAAGGGGGUGCAGCAGAUGGGUUGUGGAGGCUCCCAACAGGCUCUAUGGUUCCGUUCUUUUACAAAGAUAACUCGGGGAGAACCUUUGUCCUGGUGCCAGGCUUCGUAUAUCGGGACGAGGGGAACCCUGAUUUCAGUGUCCAACCUUUCCGUACGACAACAGACGUCUAUGAGUUUCUGAGACGUGCCCUGCAACUGGCAGAGAAGUACAUCUCCAGGCAUCGUCAAGAUGAGCUGUCCUCCUUUGACGACAUUAGGAGUUUGGUCCAGGACGACCCCGAGUACAACAAGUUUCUUCUUCCAGAAUGGACCGAUGUCUACGGAUUUCGGCAUGAUGGUGGCGCCAUCAACAUUGUCCAAUUCAAGAUGGCCAGCGUGUACCAUCCGCUGAUGACCCAACUCUCAGAGCAAAUGGUCUUUGGCGGCCUAGAGCGUGUCCUGAGCAGAUCCAGUCAGCUAAUGAGUACGGAAUUCAACUUUGAUGCCGAGUUUCGACCUUCAUUUCGAACCGUGGGAUCCUUGCCGGCAGAAGCCAUAAACUUUGGUCCACUGGAUGCAUAUUCGAGCUACAACUGGGAGCUUUUUUUCCACGGUCCUUUCAUGGCAGCUUGCAAGCUGAGCAGCAACCAGAAAUUCAACGAGGCCAUGCGGUGGUUCCACUUCAUAUUCAACCCCAAGGGGGAUUCAGUGGACGCCGCAGCGGAAGACGGGAUCCCGGCACCCCAGUCCUCAUACUGGAUGACCAAACCGUUCUACCAAACGUCAGUGUCGGAUUACGCGGAGCAGCUCAUCAGCAACAUUCUCUAUAGCACGGCAGAGGAUCCCCAAGGAGCAGAGCUCGCGGACAGAAUUGUACAAUCUAUCAGAACUUGGCGAGAGAACCCUUUCAAUCCACACGCUAUCGCUCGGACUCGUCCUGUUGCAUUCCAGAUAGCCAUCGUGUUGCGUUACAUCAGAAAUCUCGUGGACUGGGGCGACCAUCUCUUCCGACAGCUUACCAGGGAGACUCUUGCUCAGGCGACCUUGCUUUACUCGGCUGCCGAUGGUCUCCUUGGUCGGAAGCCCCAGGAAGUCGAGCCUGUAUUGAAGCCAGCAACUCGGUCUUUGUACACGCUCUACGGUACCAUUGGCCUUUUUGGCAAUGCGGUAGUCGACUUUGAGAAUGCGAUCCCAAACUUGGGCGAUAUCUCGUCGAACCGGCCUGAUGCGCCAGAUCCGCUGCUACCCACGUAUUUUGGAAUCCCACCCAACGACAGUAUGCUCCAGUGCUGGGACCUUGUUGCCGACAGGCUGUUCAAAAUCCGGAAUUCCCUGGAUAUCAACGGCAAUUUCAUCUCCCUCCCGCUAACGUCGCCCCCUAUCGACCCUGGUGCUCUAGUCAGACGUCUCGCAGCGGGCUCCUCUGUGCAAGCUGCCAUUGUGAGUCUCUCCGUGCCGCUAUCAAGAAACCGCUUCGCCACUAUUGCGGAAAUGGCCAUGAGUCUUACCGGGCAAGUCGUCUCUCUCGGAUCCACUCUUCUCUCCGUCAUGGAGAAGAAGGAUGGCGAGGCACUGGCAAGAUUACGGGCCGGACUGGAAAAAGACGUCCUCAAUGCCGUCAAGGCGAGCAAGGCAAAUACGAUCAAAGCCAUUGGCGGGGUGGGCGAGACAGGCGAAAAGAAGGUGAACGGGGAGAUACAAUCUCUUGAGUUUGCCAAGGUGGUUGCCGAGGAUCGGGCAGCCUACUAUCGCAACUUGAAGUACACCAACUCCAGGGAAGAGAAAGAGAUUUCCAACCGACGCGGGGUUCUUGCCAUCCACGCGCUCUCUGAAGGGCUUCACCUAUGGCAUUCUUUCGUUGCGGGUUGGAGGUUGCCCAAAGCUACUAUGGGUGGCCAGGGGUUCUCUUCUCCAGUUGUUGAACUACAAUUCGACCCCGUCGCCGACAAGAAAGACAUUACAGCAGCAGCCAUCGGCACUGCCAAUCACCAGGCAACUAUCGCUACCUCUGCAGCGACACUCAACGCCCUAUUCGCUGGGUUCGAUCGACGCAAGGAGGGCUGGGACUUUGAGAAAGCUCAGGCCGAGGCUGAGACAAAUCGCCUGACCAACGAGAUUGCGACUGCAAAGCUACGUUCUGAGGCAGCAAAGCUUGAUCUAGUGGCCCACGAGACAGCGAUGGUCAAGUUGGCUGAGGAGGACCACAUGAUGCGCUCAAAGCACACCAACCAGGAGUUGUACGCAUGGGGUAUCAACCAGAUCACCAAAGUGUACACCGACACCUACGAUCUAGCUCUGCGCAUGGCCCGGCAGGCCGAAAUGGCUUUCGUGUACGAGCUUGCAACUGGCCACAGAGUUGGGGUGGGCUCUUUUGUUAAACCCUCGUACUGGGAUAGCCUCAAAUCCGGGCUCCUGGCCGGGGAGCAGUUGCAGUUUGACAUCGGUCGCAUGAAGACGGCCUACUUGGACAACAAAGUUCGGGAAUACGAGCUAGAAACCAACAUUUCGCUCCAAGAGAUCAACCCUAUGGCGCUUUUAUCAUUGAGACAGUCUGGUCAGUGCAUCUUCGACGUCCCCGAGGACAUUCUCGACAUCGAUACUCCUGGGCACUAUCUACGACGAAACCGCGUCGUGAGGCUCUCCUUGCCUGUCGAGGGGGGUCAAGCUCUACCUAUAUCCGCCAAGCUGACCUUACUGGCACACCGCUACCGUGCAUCGUCGGCUUCAGGCUCCGGCUAUGUCGAGAACCCCCCUGGAAACGAUCCUCGCUUCAAGUAUGGCUCAGGCCAGCCAUCACACACUAUCGUGACCUCAACGAACACCCUCGACGGCGGCUUCUUCCCCGGCCUUUCCGAAGUUUACCGCCACGGAGCUACCGACGUUCUUUACCUCCCCUUUGAAAUGACUGGCGUUGUCGGGACAUAUCACAUUGAGCUGCCUCCUGUUCAGCGCUUCGACUAUGCCACCAUCACUGAUGUAAUCCUACACCUAAUGUACACAGCGCGUGAAGGCGGUGCUCCAUUACGAAAUGCCGUGACUAAGCUGCAGGAGGAUAGGCUGAACAAAUUGGCCCGGGUUUCACAGCAGAAUGGCCUCCAGGCAGCUUUCAACAUGUCACUUCACGCGCCAACCGCCUGGUUAUCGCUGCAAACUGCGCCAUCAGUGACGGCAACUGUGCCAUCGACAGUGAUACCCUUCUGGGCUCGGGCGGGUGGCUUUCUCAGCCAGGUCAAGAAAAUUACCUGGUAUGCCGAGAUCAAGCCCGGAGCCCAGCUGCCAUCCUCGAUCGAGCUACAACUUCGCGGAACUGAAGUCGUGUCAUUGAGCAUGGAGAGGGGAGGGAAAUCUGGGAGACUUUAUAGCGGUAUGAGUCAUGCCAGUGAUGUCCCUCUUGAUACCGCUAUUGAGAUUAGUCUGAAUGGAGGGAUGAAUGCAACCGAGCUGGGUUUGGGGGGUCUAGGGGCUGUUCUGGAGUUUGAGGUGAGCAAGCAAGGAAAUACGUAA